AUGUCCAUAUCCGCCAAAGAACAAGCGAAAGCUCAAGGCCAAGAGGACACCCGCGAACCCGAUGUGGACGUCCGCCAGAACGAUUCUAAGUUCUGGAGUGGCAUUCAGCCUCGCUAUAUGAGCGUUGAUCAGGAAAAACGCUCUCAAUAUGACCUCGAGGAUGUUGGCAAGCCUGAGGCAGUGAAGGGCAACAGACUGCUUCGUUCGAAGCCAGAGGGUGCGAGUCGGUAUCAACAGCCUGGUGGGCCCGGUGAGGAAAGACUACCUCCUGGAGAUGCUUGA